AUGAAACUUCUACCAUCAGUUCUCAGACCAACCUCCCACUUAACCUCCAACCACCCACCAAAAUUCCACUACUUCCACACUUCCCCAUUCACCUCCUCUCGCGAAAUAUCUAUUUCUAAUGAAGUUAUCAAUCUUGUCAACACAGUAAACCCCAUGGAGAAUGCUCUUGAAAAGGUAGUUCAUUUUCUAUCUCCUGAAAUUGUUGCUUCUGUACUUCAAGAACAGCAAAACCCCGAACUGGGUUUUCGAUUUUUCAUCUGGGCAGCGAAAAGAAAGAGGUAUCGUUGCUGGGUUUCGCAUAAUUUUGUCGUUGAUAUGCUUGUUGGGGAAAAUAGGUUUGAUUUGUAUUGGAAAACUCUUGAAGAGGUAAAAAGUUGUGGGUUUCAUGUAUGUUCGGAUGCUUUUGUUGUGUUGAUUGCUGCUUAUUGGAAGUUGAAAAUGGCCGAAAAGGCUGUCGAGUCGUUUGGUAGAAUGAGAGAGUUUGAUUGCAAACCUGACUUAUUUACUAAUAAUAUGAUAUUGCAUGUUAUGGUUCAGAAAGAUUUGAUUUUAUUGGCAUUAGCUGUAUAUAACAUGAUGUUGAAAUCAAAUUGUGAGCCGAAUUGUUCUACAUAUAGCAUUUUGAUUGAUGGGUUAUUCAAAAAUCGGAAGACCCAAGAUGCGCUUAAACUGUUUGACGAAAUGACUGAGAGAGGCAUUUUGCCCAGUAAGAUUACGUAUACGGUGAUUCUUUCAGGUUUAUGUCAAGCAAAGAGGAUCGACGAUGCAUUCAGACUCUAUAAUUCGAUGAAAAGUAGUGGGUGUACUCCUGAUUUUGUUACUUACAAUGCUUUGCUCAAUGGGUUUUGUAAAGGGGGUAAAAUAGAUGAAGCCUUUGCGCUUCUGAGGUGCUUUAAGAAGGAUGGAUAUGUUGUUGGAGUAAAAGCGUAUAGUUGUUUGAUUGAUGGUUUAGUUAGAGCUGGGAGGUUUAAUGAAGCGCACGAUUUGUUCCAGAAACUCUUUGAGGCAAAUAUUAAACCUGACCUUAUCUUGUACACAGUUAUGAUAAGGGUGUUGUCUCAAGCAGGAAGGGUGAAGGAUGCUUUGAAUUUGUUGAGGGAUAUGACGGAGAGAGGUGUGGUACCGGACACUCUCUGCUAUAAUACUCUGAUCAAAGGGUUUUGUGAUAUGGGUCUCUUGGACCAAGCUGGAUCUCUUAAACUAGAAAUUUCAGACCAUGAUCUUUUUCCGGACACUUGCACUUAUACCAUUCUUAUCUGUGGUAUGUGCAGGAAUGGCCUUGUAGGUGAGGCAAGGCAAAUUUUCAAUGAGAUGGAGAAACUUGGAUGCUUUCCUUCAGUUGUGACCUUCAAUGCUCUUAUUCAGGGACUGUGUAAGGCUGGUGAGUUGGAAGAAGCUCACAUCAUGUUUUACAAGAUGGAGAUUGGACGAAAUCCUUCAUUGUUUCUUCGGCUUUCCCAAGGUGCAGACCGGGUUUUUGAUAGUGCAAGCCUCCAAAAAAUGGUGGAGAGAUUGUGUGACUCAGGGUUAAUUCUGAAAGCUUACAAGCUUCUCAUGCAGCUCGCUGAUAGUGGGAUUGUACCGGACAUCAUGACUUACAACAUUUUGAUCAAUGGCUUGUGCAAAGCAGGGAAAAUUAAUGGUGCUUUCAAGCUCUUCAAGGAACUGCAAAUCAAGGGACAUUCCCCUGAUUCAGUCACAUAUGGAACACUCAUCGAUGGGUUCCAAAGGGUUGACCGAGAAGAGGAUGCAUUUGCGCUUUUUGAGGAAAUGAUACAGAAUGGGUGUACCCCCAGCUCCGCAGUUUACAAAUCACUUAUGACUUGGUCUUGUCGAAAGAAAAAGAUUUCUGUAGCUUUUAGUCUUUGGCUGAAGUAUUUAAGGAGCCUUCCUGGCUGGGAUGAUGCAACAAUUAGGUUGGCAGAGGAAUAUUUUGAAAAAGGAAAUGUGGAAAUGGCUGUUCGAGGCUUGAUUGAAAAGGACUUCAAGGUGAGAGAAUUUGAUUCAGCACCAUACACUAUUUGGCUCGUUGGGUUGUGUCAGGCAUGGAGGGCCGAGGAAGCCCUGAAGAUAUUUUCUGUUCUUGAGGAGCGCGGGGUCAUUGUGUCUCCUCCAAGUUGUGUGAUGUUGAUCAAUAGUCUCUGCAAGGAUGGCAAUUUGGAUCAAGCAAUAAACAUUUUCCUCUACACUCUGGAGAAAGGUUUCCUGUUGAUGCCGCGAAUUUCCAACCAGCUGCUCAGGUCUCUUCUUCAUUCUCAAGAGAAGGUGAAGCAUGCCUUUGAUCUACUGAAAAGAAUGAAGUCUGCGGGGUAUGAUUUGAAUGCUUAUCUUCAUCAGAGUACAAGGUUGCUUUUGAAGAGUUCUUGGAGUGCACAGGAAACGGACAAUGUUUCACCUGGAUAAAUAUGAUUCUGGGCUUGUAAUAGAUUCAGGAUCUGGUUCUUUCACACAGACAACAGCUACAGCAUGCUGUUGCAUCAAGACAAUUGUGUGUAUCCUACCAGAAGCAAUAAUCGUGUGCCAAUCGAAAGCACUAAACCGCAUGGUGUCCAAUGACUUCUUCAGAAAACAAAAUGAAAGAUAAUUGCCACCCCCAAGAAUGCUACUGACAUGAUAUAUAAUCCAAAGCUUGCUGCAAUGAUCAUUGCAAGAAAAUUUGGUAGCAUCCUUUCAUAUCAUCCAAAAUUGAGAUUACCAUCAUGGUCACAGCCUCAGCAGAUGCUGCUCGGGAAGGAAUAAUGAGUAUAUGGGACCAAGCAUAUGUAUCAAGGGGUGAAUUUUUCUGAUAACGGCUCUGCUCACUUACAUCUCUGGUUCUCUCACCAUCUCCAUCGGAAUUGCUUCCUUGUUUCAGCAGAGAUCUUCCCCAUUUGUACCGAGUGUUCUUUUCAUAUUUUAUCCAUCAUCAACGCAGGUGUGCUAUAGUGGAGGAAUGAGUUGGGUUUGGUGCUGAUGUACACACAUGUUCAAGGAAUCAAACAGAGCUCAAUGAAAAGCUGAAAGAAUGGGCAGCCAAGGGGUUAAAAAUAACUGGUUCAGUGUGCGAUUUGUCAUCAAGACCGUCCUGAGGAGAGCUAAUGAAGGCUGUCUCUUCUAUUUUUGAUAGCAAACUCAACAUCCUGACUCGUAUUCUGAAAAACAUUUAGUUGGCCUUUCCAUAAUUGUAAUCGACAUAUCGCCUAGCAAGAAAUUGUCUUUCAUAUUCAUUGUAGAGUAGCUUAGUGUAGCACAUUUUUGCUAAUGAAGUUUCCAAAACUUGUAUCUGUGGUGUUGUGUGCAUUAGGUAAAUAAUGCUGCUACAAGUGUACUUAAAUGAGCUAUGGACUACACUGCAGAAGAAUUCAA